AUGGAUUUUGAUUCAAGUUGCAAGAACAAAAAAACUGCAAAUGAAUCCAUGCUGAUAUGUUGCAUGCUCUUCAUCUCUGAAUCACGUAACCGCACAGCUCUGGACUUAAUUGAACGAGCUGCUAGGCUAGACCCGGAAACUGUCAUUGUAAACCAAUUUGAGGACAGAGUUUAUAAUAGGAUCAGGUUCACUAUUGUAUCAUAUGUUGUUGUUGAUAGCACUGGUAGUCCCAUUUAUAGUCCGUUGCACCAAACUGUGCUAGCCAUGGUUGAGGCUGCAUAUGGAGCCAUUAACCUUGAGUUACACACUGGGGCACAUCCUCGAAUCGGCGUUGUUGAUGACAUUGCUUUCCACCCUUUAGCUGAAACAUCAUUGGAUGAAGCAGCCUGGCUUGCUAAGGCAGUGGCAGCAGAUAUUGGCAGCAGAUUUCAAGUGCCAGUCUUUCUUUAUGCUGCUGCACAUCCAACAGGCAGGGCCCCGGACACAAUCAGGCGUGAACUGGAUUACUAUAGGCCAAAUUUCAUGGGCAGCCAAUGGGCAGGUUGGAACACCCCUGAAACUCUCCCAGAAAAUCCUGACCAUGGCCCAACCCAUGUGUCUCCGACCAGAGGAGUCACACUGAUUGGGGCACGGUCAUGGGUCACAUUGUACAACAUACCGAUCAUGUGCACCGAUGUUUCGACUGCUCGAAGGAUUGCUCGGAUGGUUAGUGCUCGUGGUGGUGGACUACCAACAGUGCAAUCAUUGGCCCUAUUUCACGGCGAUAAUUCAACUGAGAUUGCUUGCAUGCUCUUGGAGCCUAAUCGGAUUGGCGCAGACAGGGUCCAAGCACAGGUUGAAAUGCUGGCAGCUCAAGAAGGGUUGGACGUAGAGAAGGGCUACUUCACUGAUUUUUCACCAGAAAUGAUUGUGCAAAAGUACAUGAAUUUAAUCUCAGCUAGGAGAGGCUGA